CUUUCCCAGUCUAUUGAGACCAUUUGGAGACAAAAGUCCCUCCUGUCCCCCAAAGGCUGGCAGCCAGGAUUUGCGGACCCAGGGUGGCUUAUUUUGCAGGUGCCUGCAGGGCUCCGGGGCCAAGCCCACUUGAAGGUGUGGGGCAACCGACACUUGGCAGAGGAGGGCUACAUCUUCUACAAUCACACUACAGUUACAGUGGAUAGCAAAGGGGCUUCGGUCUUCAUCCAGACAGACAAGCCCAUCUAUCGACCAAAGCAGAAAGUCUUGAUCAACUUUUUCAUCGUCAGUCCGGACCUGAGACCCAUCAAUGAGAGGAUUGAAGCCUACCUGGUGGAUCCCCGAGGGUCUCGGAUGAUAGAAUGGAACAACCUCAAGCCAGUUUGUUGCGGGGUAUCUGAAUGUCAGUUUUCCUUGUCCGACCAGCCGGUCUUUGGAGAGUGGCUGUUUUGCAGAAUGCAAGGACACAAGUACAACACAUCCUGUGAUGUUCAGAAUACGGUGAUUUUACCCAAGUUUGAGCUUGAGAUCAUGUCACCUUCGUACAUCCGGGACUUUGACAUCUGUGAGAAGGCAACUGUUCAUGCCAGGUACACAUUUGGGAAGCCGGUGAUGGGACGGCUGGCAGUCAAUAUGACAGUCAAUGGAGUGGGGUACUACCGGCACGAGGCAGGGCACCCCAUCCUCAAAACCACCGAAAUUGAUGGCUCUGCAGAUUUUGACAUAUGCGUCAAAGAUAUGAUGCCAGCUAAUGUGCCAGAGCAUUUCAGAGGCACUGUGAACAUUUGGGCCACUGUGACCAGCACUGAUGGGAACAGGCAGGUCAUGUUUGAUGACUCCACCGCCGUCCAGAAGCAGCUUGUGGACAUAAAGUACACCAAAGACACCCGGAAACAAUUCAAGCCUGGCUUGCCGUACAAAGGGAAGGUGAGCAAGCUAUGGCACCUGGGAGGAGGAGGCCGUCUCUCCGUUUUUCUUGGCA